CAACAUCACUGUGCUCAUGGCUUCCAAGAUCGCAUUGUCGCUACCUUCAACCGUGCACGAUCAGCGUGCUGACGUUGAGUGAAAGUGCUCAAUAACCUAUCUGAAAUCUUGCGAAAUGGCUCGGCCAUCGCAACAUACCGUCUUGGUGACGGUGUUGGAUGGUCGCCAUUUCUUUCGAAAAUCCAAUUCCAAACUGUAUAUUCAAUGUCGCUUCAACAAUGAGAUCCUGACCACCGACCCAGUAGAUCACACCCCUGUCCCAAUCUUCGAUACAGAACUGGCGUGGGAUAUUGAUACAAAAGUUCUUGGGUUUUUUCGAUCACAACGAGUGUCACUCAAGCUCAUUGUCUACUCCGUUGAUGAGCUCAAUAAAAGGGAUAUGAUUGGAUACAUCAUGCUGGACUUGCGUGGUGCCCCCGGUGAAUUGGAAGAGCGAUGGUGUCCUUUGGUUAAUGCGAAAUAUGGUACCGCAUUCAGGCCUGAGAUCAAAGUACUCUUUGCGGUGGUUCCCAAGGUGGAAGGAAAGGAAGAAGUUGAAGAGUUUCUGGCAAGAGGGCGCCGUGGGAGAGAGUCGAACAAAGAGCAGCAGAAAAAAUUGCGAGAUGGGAAACCGGGCCGAGAGCGUUUACCAAGCGGUAAUGCGCUUACAUUGCGUGGCCUCCCUACGGUGACGCCUAGAUUCAGUCUCUCGGUGGAGCUAACAGAUGCGGGGUUUUAUCAAGUUGGCUCUGGAGAUACCUUGUGGGUCAUGUGGAUCACCAUCGCGUUUGCCGAGAACUUGGAGCUCCUGCGUGACCAUUCUCUGACUUCUUUGGACUCCACAUUUCACUUUUAUUUUCCCUUUCUGAGCAACGACAUCACAACUGAGAAGUUCAAUGAACUCACAGAUCCAAAUUUUGCCGCUGAGCGAGUGUCCAUCCGAUUGCGUGGGUCAGGAGAGGAUAUUAGACGAUUUAUAGAGGAACUGUCAAACCUGAUAAUUUAUUUUUGCUGCGGAGACAUAGUCUUGGGGUUCGCGGACGUUUCAGUCAAGGAAUUAUUGGAUGACCGGGGACCGAACUUCCAGGUUGUGGAGAAAAUGUAUAAUCUGUACAGUAUGAAGCAGGAACUUCCAAUGUCCUCAGAUGGCAAGACUCCUAGUAUUGGUCUCGCAAUGUCUAUAACGAAGGAAAGCGAAAUGGAAGGGGAUCUGGAGGGUGAAUUGAGCAAAUUACAGAUGGAUGAAGAAAUGGACGAAGAUGAUCAGGGGAUUAGCUUUAACCAAAGAUCUGCACCGGCCCCAGUCCCUGCCCCUACACCAAUGGAUGCUCUCUCUGGUUUAGGAGACGGCCAUAUGUCAAUCAUGAAUUUUGAAACGGUUGAGGACGUCUCCAAUGAAGGAAGCAGAGUAGAUGACAGAACUCGGCGUGAGGAACGUGCCAUCGAAGCCUUGGGUGACCCCAAACCUGCAGAUGCCACGCACACUGAAGACGUUAAUCCUCAUUGGCAGCACGUGCGUGGACACUCUGGAAUGUAUGACAAACGGACCACGGCCGAAACAACGUACCCUGUAAAUUCAAAGCAGUAUCAAGCUCAAGUACAUAUAACGCCCGGAAUACUUGGCAAGCCCCCGACGACUGAUGCUGCAUAUUCUAAAAACCCGUAUCCGCAUCAGCGUCAACCCCGCGCACCUCCAAGUGCAGCAAGUGCGAGCGUCGCGUCAACACCCAACUCAACACCCCUCCACGCGACACCAGAAUAUAAAGUUGCACUAGAACUCGAGCUAUGGCGAGCGGAAGAAGAGCGAAAGUUUCGAGCGCAUCUACGUUUGCGAGAGACAGAAGUACUAGAGCAACUUGCAGCGGAAUGGAAGACACGCGAGCGCGAACGUGAGGCAAUUUUAAAGAAAAAAGUAGAGGAAUUUAAAUCUCUCGAGCACAAGAUCCAGGACCUUGCUACCGAGCUUGAAACCCGCGAACGUAAAUUGCGUGAAUCGGAGCUCGAUUUUGCCAGAAAGAAGGAUGAAGUGGAGCGGGAUGCUCGGCGUGUUGUCGACGAAGCUCGCGACAGUGCUCGAAGACUUCAUGAAGAAUACAAACAUCGUCUGCAGGUUGAAAAAGGGCGGGUCGCAGAAGCAGAACGACAGCGCGAUCAAACAACGAAAGAACGGGAAGCCUUCGCGUUUCAAGUGAGCACCCUUCAACAGCAACUAGCUGAAAUUCGCUCUCAAGCGGCGUCAACACCAGAAGCGCGCCUUCAAGAGAAGUUGAACGAGCUUGAGCGCACCAUUACUGGCCUGAAUGCGAAGGUCGAUGGAGAGAAACGGGCUAAAAAGUACUACAAACAGCAAUGGGUAAAAUCACUCAAAGAGCUUGCCAAAUGCAAGAAAGACUGGCAAACGGAACUCGCGAACCGAUUAGAACGUGAACGUGCCGAACUGGAGCGUCUAAAGCAUGAAAUGUCCGGGAAAACCCCACCGGACGUGCUGGAAACGAUUAAGCGUGAUUUGGAGGAACUAAAGUUGCGAGCCAGUACUGCAUCCAAAGGGGCAAGCCCUGGUGCCCAUCAACCACAAAAAGUUGUUGAACCGAUCGACCAAGAGAAUUAUGAUCCGCAAAUAUUGGUAGAAGUUGAACGCCUUGCAAGAGAACGAGAUUCACUGGUUGCGAGUGGAGUGUACACUAGGGAAGACCGGUUGGUGAGAGAGAUUGAGCGGAGAAUUAGGGAGCUUCUUGGAGGUAAUUAAGAAGAUGGAACGGCUGCUUUUUAGCGGCAUUGUUGAUGUACCUGUAUUAUAAUUGUUUUGUUUUGGUUGAUAUCAAUUACAUUCACGCGACAAGCCUCACGUUACG